UUGGAACAUGGUUGCAUUCUGGGGUUCUAUUAUUAUUUUUAUCAUUAUUAUGAUAAUUAGUAUUAUUUUAUUUACCGUUGUGGUGAUCUUUUUGACUGCCUGCGUGGUCAGGCUGCAAGGCAUCGGAUGGUUUCGAUCGCGGAUUGCCUGGUUGGGCUGGAUGCGACUCCAGAGUCUGAGACACGGGUGGUGAGAAAUAUGCCAAGAUUGAAUGAAUGGAGAUGCCUAAUUGUUGUUUUCUUUAUCAAAUUGUUUUCUGAGUAUGAGCUGUUAACAAUGUU